UUGUGACAAUAAAAUAAAAAAAUCUUAAUUACAAUAAUUUACAAUACAAAUACUAGUUGUAUAUGUAUUGUAUAAAUAUUCAGUUUAUUCGCGCUGUUAUUUAUAGUGAUGAUCUUUAUUUCAUAAUAUUUUCUUAAUCAUUCGGUAUUAUCGUUAGUAAGCAAGAUAACAUUUUCCUGUAGCGAGCUUCUAUAUCCUCUGACACAAUUAUUACUUUUAACUUAAAUGAAUCAUAGUCGACCGUUCACAUUUAAUAAAAAAUACGAAAACAUAAGAUCUUAUUGGUUUUUCUUGCUAUUUAUAGUGUACCUUUUGUUAUGGAAAAAAUGGACUAUGUAAUGGAUAAUUAUGUUAUUCUUGGACAUCAACCCUGUCAAACACGUGAAGCGAAGUUUUUAUGUAUUGAUGCUAUUUAUGAAAAACUUCAUCGCCCAAAUUAUUAUGAUUUAGGAGGAACAUAUAUGCAAGAAAUUGGUGAAUACUGGUUUGUUACAAGAACAGACCAGAUAGGGGAAGUAUUUUUAAUUCACAUUUUUAUCACUAACAAGCUGGAAGGUAUUGUCAGCCUAAGUUUAAGUAGUGGAAAUACAGUUAUAUUUGAUAAAGACAAAAAUAUUGCAUUUCUAAGCCCCGAUUUAAGCAAGUGUGAUUUUGGAAAACUAGAAGAAUCAACUUUCAAGUAUGUGACUACAUACAGUUUUGAUAUUAUUGAAGUAGAUAUGCUUAAAGGUAAACAACUAUUUAUACCCAUAUCUUUUGUUGAUAAAGAUGAGAAUGCGAGUUCUUUGGAUGCAGUUCUAGAUUUUAGCCCACUUUUGGAAGAACCAAUUGGAGCUGACUUUACAAUAGAAUCCGAAGAUGGAGAAAAGUUUCUCGUACAUAAAGUCUUGCUUAUGGCUCAUAGUGAAGUUUUUAGGGCGAUGCUAAAAGAAGACACUGCUGAGAGUAAAAACAACUGCGUGAAAUUAAUAGAUGUAAACAAAGAGGAACUGCGACAUCUUCUAUAUUUUAUUUAUUCUGGGACUCUAAAAGAUGUGGAAAAUAUUAAUUUUUUUAAUAUGCUUAUUCUUGCAGACAGGUUUAAUCUCUCUGGUUUGAGAGAAUUAUCUGAACAUGCUUUGAUUCAACAAAUUUCAAUAGAGAAUGCAUUGGAAAUGCUAGCUGUUGCUGAUUCAUAUAAUUCUCAUUCAUUGAAAACAGCAUCUUUAAUAUUUAUUAAAAAAAAUAAAUCAGCCCUUGAAAAUAACAUAUUUGAUGAAAUUAAUAAUGCGGAAUUGAUAAGAGAAUUGUGUAAAUUUUUAGUUUCCUAAACGGUGUACAGGGAAAAAUGUUGAAUAAAACUUGUCAUUGAAAAUUCUAUUAUAUAUAAAAAAUGUGAUGUUGACUUAACCUGUUAAGUGGGCGAUUGUGUAAAAAUAUAUCCACACAUGUUUGGCUCAGUCUAUCAAUUCCGACUUAUUAUCUAUACAAACGGAAGACUUACAAAAAAUAUUAUUAUUGUUUCUUAUAAUACCCUUUAAAAACAGUAAUGAAUAGCUUGAAUAACUAAACCUAUAUCUAAUAAAAGUUUAGUUUUAACAUAAUGUUUCAUUUUAGUAUGUCCUGCAGUAACCUGCCUGGAUUGGAAUUAUUGUUUAUUUACGUUAUUUUUAUGUUAAGUUAGUUAAGCUAGAGAGGGUUAAAAAUAUUAAAACAGUUGAAACCUAUCUAAAUGUAACAUCUACCUACCAGCUUUAAGGUAAUUUUGGUAUAAGUAACAUAUUAAUUUAGCAAUAUUGUGAGCUAUGCAGUAAUUUUAUCACAAUUAUAAGUAAAAAAUAUCAAGACCGCAUUACCGAAAACUUAUAAUGUGGAUAUAUUUAGACUAAAGGAUAAAAUAAUAAAUGUUGUGUUUUUGUUAUCUUAAUUAAGGAAACUCGUUUAAUAAAAACUAAAUUUCGUUUAAAAAAAAAUACAAAAUGGAAUUGUAACCCUGCUCUAUACACAUAUACCUAUCUAUAACUAUCUCUAGAAAACGUAACUUUAUUUAGAACUAUUUUACUUAUUACAUUGUAAGAUGUACUGCGUUCAUAAAAAAUAAAUUAUUAUCUACCAAA